GUUUCACCUCGCAGUCGUCUCGUUGCUUGUGUCCAGAACGUUCCAAACGUGAGUUUUGUUUUGUAGUGCCUGUGCGUGUGUUGAAAAAAGCUUGCAUCUGUUUUAUUCACAACAGGCCAUUCUGCAAGCGUGUUCAAAACAAAACUUUGAACUGAAAUUUUUGAAAGAAAGAAAAAUGGCUUCCAUUAUGGGAUAUGGCACGUUGUUGGAAUGCCCGUACAACAAAUCGCACCGGGUUCAGGCUACGGCCAUGGCCCGGCACUUGUUCAAGUGCCGUAAGAUGCAUCCGAACACAGAGUUCGUGACGUGCCCCUUCAACCAUGCCCACAAGGUGGCGGAGCCCGAGCUGAAGAUGCACACAGCUACCUGUGACGAUCGAGCCAAUUUUGACAUGUACAAAUACUGCAUCACGACGGCUGCAGCGACGCAUCAAUCGUCAGAAUCACAAGAGCCGGAAUUGAUCUACAAUCAGGAAGAUCCAAUUGGACCGCAAAAGGUACGUGAUGAGGACGACGAAUGUUGGGACGAUUUACGCAUACCGGCGUACAAUCCGGAACAGUACUGCUCACAGGCAAAAAUUAUCCGAAAAGCCACUCUGAUGACUCCCGCCGAGAAGCGGACUUUUUACGAGCAGGAAAUGAAGCGCCACCGUGAGUUGGAUGUAAAAAUAAAGCAGGAAAAAGGUGAAGACAUUGAACCAACUACCAGUAGCAAUGGGGGACACAAAAAACGUCAGCGUUCACGGUCACCGGUUCGUUCGAGAAAACGGUCUCGUUCCCCGCUGGUGGUGGCUCGGCAUCGUUCGCCCGUUGCAGCUCUCCCCAGGCGGCGAUCGAGAUCGUCUUCCCGUGGGUCCCGUUCGCACAAACGUCGGUCACCUUCACCAUUUGUAGUCGCCCGUUCACGACAAUCUCGGUCCAAUUCGCGGAAAUCUCGCUCCUUGUCUCCAAUUCGCGAUCGCAAACGUAGACGGUCGCCAUCGGUCGAUCGUCGCCGCAUUAGACGUUCACCGUCACCUUUGCCAGACCAUCGACGAGCGGCUGCUGUGCGAUCAGCCUACGAACAGUACGAGGAAAGGAACCGUUACUCCCGCCCCUAUUACGAUUAUACUCCGCGGUACGAUGCAUAUGUGCGCUAUCCACAGUUCGACUACCCGCCGAGUCGUGCUCCCCCGCGAGCCGAGCGCGACAGUCGUCCGAUCAUUUCGCGAGACCGAGAUGACGAAGAGUUCAUCUACCGCAGAGACUUCAGGGAUUAGAUUAUUCGAAUUAGGGUUUACAAAAAAAAAAGAAAUUUAAGCCCAAACAAUCGUGACCUACCCAUUUUUUAGUUUGUCGUUUUUUAGAGUUAAGGAUUAUUGUUUAAAUUAAGACAUUUUUUUAGUAACGCAUCGUGUAAGAGUAAGAUUUGUCUCUACUUCUGAGUAUAUACUUGUAUCAACCAUAAUAAUUGUAUGUCUUACUUAGCAAGUAGGAACCGAUUCGUUCAAUAAAGAUAAUAUGCUGAAUGGAACUCUA